CCCGGCCUGGCCGCCGUGGGGUGCUGCUGGGGACCAUCUCGGUCACAACUCUGUGCUCCCCCCGAAGUGAGCUCCAUCAGCCGCAUCCUGCGGAGCAAGUUUGGGAAAGGCGAGGAAGAGGAGGCCGAGCUGGAAAGGAAGGAGGUGGAGGAAGGUGACAAGAAGGCCAAGCACAGCAUUGACGGCAUCCUCAGUGAAAGAGCACCAGCACCCCAGUCUGAUGAAGGCUCUGACAUUGAUUCAGAACCAGAUUUACCUUUAAAAAGGAAGCAGCGUCGUAGCAGGACAACCUUCACGGCAGAGCAACUGGAAGAGCUGGAAAGAGCUUUUGAAAGGACACACUACCCUGAUAUUUAUACCCGGGAAGAACUUGCGCAAAGAGCCAAACUCACGGAGGCUCGUGUCCAGGUCUGGUUUAGUAACCGUCGUGCUAGAUGGAGGAAACAGGCAGGAGCCAACCAACUGAUGGCUUUCAACCAUCUGAUCCCAGGAGGAUUUCCACCCAGUGCCAUGCCGACUCUGCCAACGUACCAGCUCUCUGAGCCCUCCUAUCAACCCACCUCCAUACCACAAG